ACAAGAUGCUGCCCGGGCUCGGGCGCCUGCUGCAAGGUCCCGCCUCGGCCUGCCUCCUGCUGAUGCUCCUGGCCCUGCCCCCAGCGGCCCCCAGCUGCCCCAUGCUCUGCACCUGCUACUCGUCCCCGCCCACCGUGAGCUGCCAGGCCAACAACUUCUCCUCCGUGCCGCUGUCCCUGCCGCCCAGCACGCAGCGACUCUUCCUGCAGAACAACCUCAUCCGUACGCUGCGGCCCGGCACCUUCGGGCCCAACCUGCUCACCCUGUGGCUAUUCUCCAACAACCUCUCCACCAUCUACCCGGGCACCUUCCGCCACCUGCAGGCCCUGGAGGAGCUGGACCUCGGCGACAACCGGCACCUGCGCUCUCUGGAGCCCGACACCUUCCAGGGCCUGGAGCGGCUGCAGUCCCUGCACCUGUACCGCUGCCAGCUCAGCAGCCUGCCCGGCAACAUCUUCCGCGGCCUGGUCAGCCUGCAGUACCUCUACCUCCAGGAGAACAGCCUGCUCCACCUCCAGGAUGACCUGUUCGCGGACCUGGCCAACCUGAGCCAUCUCUUCCUCCACGGGAACCGCCUGCGGCUGCUCACGGAGCACGUGUUCCGCGGCCUGGGCAGCCUGGACCGGCUGCUGCUGCACGGGAACCGGCUGCAGGGCGUGCACCGCGCGGCCUUCCGCGGCCUCAGCCGCCUCACCAUCCUCUACCUGUUCAACAACAGCCUGGCUUCGCUGCCCGGCGAGGCGCUGGCCGACCUGCCGUCGCUCGAGUUCCUGCGGCUCAACGCCAACCCCUGGGCGUGCGACUGCCGCGCGCGGCCGCUCUGGGCCUGGUUCCAGCGCGCGCGCGUGUCCAGCUCCGACGUGACCUGCGCCACCCCCCCGGAGCGCCAGGGCCGCGACCUGCGCACCCUCCGCGAAGCCGACUUCCAGGCGUGCCCGCCCGCGGCGCCCACGCGGCCCGGCAGCCGCGCGCGCGGCAACAGCUCGUCCAACCACCUGUACGGCGUGGCCGAGGCAGGGGCGCCGCCCGCCGACCCCUCCACCCUCUACCGAGACCUGCCCGCCGAAGACCCGCGGGGGCGCCAGGGCGGGGACGCGCCCACGGAGGACGACUACUGGGGGGGCUACGGGGGCGAGGACCAGCGGGGGGAGCAGACGUGCCCGGGCGCGGCCUGCCAGGCGCCCCCGGACUCCCGCGGCCCCGCGCUCUCGGCCGGGCUGCCCACCCCUCUGCUUUGCCUCCUGCUCCUGGCGCCCCACCACCUCUGA